AUGCAAACUGAUUCCUCGGCUGAUCAGCUAGAGCUACAGAAGCUUGAGGAACAAAGACGUGAACUCGACAGGAGGAUUGCUCAGCUCAAAUCGACAACAACAACGGCGGCGCCUUCGUUUCCGCUGUCCCCGCUGUCGCCAUCUCCAUCUUGCCAGCCCAGCGAUGCUCAAGGACCUCAGCCCACUACACAAGUCUCAGCACAUCAUGCUCGCCGACAGUCUGCAGCCCGCCCGGCGGCUUCGCCUGCUGUCAUUCCCGCAACUCGCGCCUUUCCGGACGACGAGAUGGAAUCUCACCCCAUGAAGCGAGCCAAGACAACCUACGUACAGCCAACGUCAACUCGGGAGUCGGUCCCCAUGGACCGAUCAUCCUCAACAAGGCCAACGUCUUCCAUUCCCUUCAGCGGCACCGGAAUGGUCACCCCACCACCCGUGCCUCAGUCCGUCCAGCAGCACUACCGACAUGGGUCCAUGAUAGAAAAUUACUCUAGAGAUGCCCAUCAGGCGCCAAUCUCCGAGAGUCUCUUCAGCCACUCGAUGCAAAUAGAUGGGACAUACGCCAGCCAACCUACGACUCUCACAGGCUUCACUGGAGGCCCUGUAGCUCCUGAUGUCGGGAUGGACAUUGAAGACUACCUGCAAGCUUUUGGAAAUGGACUAACCGACACAUACGUCCAUUUUGAUACUCCUGACAUGCAACAAAACGCUGAUGUCAUCGCCCAGCAGAUGCCAGUGUCUAUUUGCGGCUCGCUGACCACGGCGCCAACCUUGGAGGACUUCAGCAUGAGCAGACGUAACAGUAUCAUCCCCAACGAUGGCUCUUCCGUCAUGGGCCAACUUCCUGUCGGAAUGAUCCGUCUUGCUUCGCAGAGCUCUUUCGAAGACGGCAACUCACCAGACGUGUACAAUGCCAACCAGCUUCUUGACGAGAUUCCAAAGCUGGGUAAGCCCGCACCGCCAUCAGAUCAGCAGGACUUCUUCCAAAUCGGCGCUGGUCCGUCUCAUGCACGUGAGAUGUACCCGCCGACUACCGUCUAUCAGUCAACUCCGAUGGUCCAUUCCGAAUCCAAUCAAUCUAUCGACAUUGGUUUUACUCAGAUGCCUGACUACCGCCCGACCGAUGUGUCUCCUUCAACUUCAUGUGAGGCUGCUUCUGCGGGUAUGGAACGUACGCAAUCCAGUGCUAGCAGCAGAUCAAACCAGUCGCUCAACCUGCGGGCCAAGGAGGCCAUAAAGAGGCAGAAUCAAAAUGCCAUCAAAGCGCCUAAAUUACAACCCAAGCCAUUGACUGUCAGCGAUGCUGGUGGCACCGACGAGGCCAGAGACAAGACUGGGGUAGCGAUGCCAUCUACGUUUGCCACGCCGCUCAAGCCGGGAAAGACAGCCAUCACGGCCCCCAAGAAGUACGAACGGCCGAAGCACCCCAAGGUCCACUGCACCAAGUGUCCUGACCAACCCGAGUUCCGCGGUGAGCAUGAGCUUCGUCGGCACACCGACGCCAAACACAAGUCUACCGCGAGCAAAUGGGUGUGCCGAGACCCCAGGGCAGCGGACCCCACGGCGGAAUUCGAGGGGCCCGUGCCUGUUCAGCCGCUCGACCAGUGCAAGCACUGCAAAGGCAAGAAGCUCUAUGGUGCCUACUACAACGCGGCCGCUCACCUCCGACGGACUCAUUUCAAAGAAAAGCCCGUCCGGUCUCGGAAUACUGGGGACAAGACCAAGGAUGAUGGCUCGGCGAAGAAGACCGACGCCGAACGCAGAGCCGGUCACGGUGGCGGCGACUGGCCAUCCAUGGAUGUCCUCAAGUCGUGGAUGGAGGAGAUCAAAGUCAAGGUCUCGGACAGUGACGAUGAGAAGCCUUUUCAGUGCGAGCAGGAAGCUACAGAGGCGGAUGACGAGGAAACUGAUGUCGAGGCCGAGCUCGAGGACCAAGACCCUGAGCUCGAUGGAAAAGACUCGUUGUUUUACAGUGGUGCGCCCUUUGCUGCUCACGGUGCGGAUAUGGAAAAGAUGACGCAUGGCCACACAUCGUUCCCUGUGGUCAACCGGAGCCUGUCAGAGUCCCUGACAUUCCAUGACCUGAACAUGCACAACUUGGGCUACCUCCCGACGGGGUUUCAUCUUUCCUCUGCAACCUAUGGUGGAAUCUGUGCCCCGCUGGACAUGACAGCGAUGGGCAUGCCUCAGCUGCAGUCUUCGGGGAUUCUCAGCAGCCCGUCCACCACGACCUCUACCAUCACUCCCAGGAACGUAUCGGACUGUACCGGUAUGAACGGUACGGACGGCGUUCAUCAAAGCAACCCCCAGCUUUUUGCUGUCAAGCAGGAGUCCUUGGGGGAUGCGUCUCUGGUUUCUGCAAACCAGUGUACCUCUGAAGAGUUUUCUUUUGAAGCCCUGUUCCAGCAGCCCGACUGGAAUUAA